AUGCGCUUACUACUCAUCAUCAAACUGAUACUACACGCGCUCGCCGCCGUUGCAGCACUCCUCAGCUGCAUUGGUUUCGGUGUCGCUACUACAAAAUUCGCCAGCUGGAUCAUCAUCUUCGCCCUCCUCGACAUCGGUCUCAGGUGGCGAUCGCGCAAAGAAGACCGGCCCUCGGACUCUGGGUUGACGGGGUGUCUGAUAUUUCUCCACAUCAUCACCAUUGCCGCCGCCAUCGGCGGUUUCGCCCUGAGCCUCUUCAUCGGCUUCCGCUACGAGUCGGGCACCGAAAGGGACGACGGGACGAUACGCACAACGGACCAGUUCAAUACCGUGUGGAUUUUUAUAGGACGCUAUUCGAUCCUUACAGCGGGGUGA